ACAGCUUAGUACCCAAGGAGGUUCAGGAUCAAGUAUUCCCAGGGGUAUGGGCCACUGAAAUACCCGGCAAAGCAAAAACAGUUUCACUGAUAGCAGUCAAAAUUAAACCAGGAACUAAGCCGGUGAGAGUAAAGCCAUAUCCUUUAAGGUUAGAGGAAAGACAAGGGAUUUGUCCGAUCAUAGAACAGUUUCUGAAGUAUGGAUUAUUAACUGAAUGUGAAUCUGAGUACAAUACUCCUAUAUUACCAGUGAAGAAACCAGAUGGAAAUUAUAGGAUAGUCCGGGAUGUCAGGGCCAUGAACAAAGUAACUGAGGAUUUAUACCCUGUGGUAGCCAAUCCAUACACAUUAUUGACUAAAUUGAAAUCUGAAUUGACUUGGUUUACUGUUCUGGAUUUAUAGGAUGCCUUUUUCUGCCUACCUAUGAGCCCAGAAAGUCAAUUAUUAUUUGCCUUGGAGUGGGAGAACCUGGAUUCUGGGAGAAAAAACCAGCUGACUUGGACUGUACUUCCACAAAGCUUUAAGAAUAGCCCUACCCUUUUCGGCAACCAGUUGGUGAAGGGAAUUGCCACCUGUACUGGGACUGUGUUGCAGUAUGUGAACGAUCUCCUUGUAGACACUGAAACAAAGGAACAAAAUAUAACUUGGGCUGUGAGUUUAUUAAACUUUCUUGGACUAAGUGGUUACCGCGUCUCUCCACAGAAAGCUCAAAUAGCUCAGCAAAAGGUGACAUAUAUAGGAUAUGAUAUCACGCUGGCGAAUGGACCUUGGGAAGAGCAAGGAAAGGAAGUCAUCUGCCAAACUCCCAAGCCACAGACGGUUAAGGAGCUCCGAACCCUCCUGGGAAUGAUGGGUUGGUGUCGUUUAUGGAUCUACAACUAUGGACUCCUGGAGAAGCAGGGCAUUGCAUUUGGAAUUUUAGCCCAAAACCUAGGCCCAGAUCGGAGAGCUGUGGCAUACUUCUCCAAACAUUUGGAUGAAGUGAGUAGAGGAUGGCCUAGCUGCCUGAGAGUGGUGGCUGCAGUAAUACUUAGCAUCCAAGAGGCUCGCAAAUUUAUAAUGGGCCAAAAGAUAACAGCGUUAGUGUCUUACACAGUAUCCACCGUACUGGAAGCAAAAGGGGAGCACUGGCUAUCCCCACAGAGAUUCCUCAAAUACCAGGCUGUUAUGGUGGAGCAGGACAAUGUCCAGAUAACAGUAACUAACAUUGUCAACCCAGCAUCUUUCCUUAGUGGAAUUACAGGAGAACCAGUGACCCAUGACUGCUUGGAGACCAUUGAAGCAGUCUACUCCAGUCGACCAGACCUGGAGGAACAACCACUGGAGGAUGCUGAGGACACGUGGUAUGCAGAUGGCAGCAGUUUCAUCAAGAAUGUUCAGCACAAAGCAGGGUACGUGGCGACUACUACAGACAAGGUAAUAGAGUCCGAGGCCCUUGCCUCAAACACUUCAGCACAAAAGGCGGAAAUAAUAGCUUUAACUCGAGCAUUAGAGCUUGGUAAAGACAGAAAAAUUAACAUUUGGACAGACUCUAAAUAUGCCUUUGGAGUGGUUCAUGCCAUGGAGCAGUUUGGAGAGAAAGAGGACUUUUAUCCACUCAAGGAAAGCACAUAA